AUGAUGCCCGCUGGCGUAUCUUCUCAACCGCAACAGCAGCAGCAACCGCCGCCGCCGCCGCCGCCGCCGCAGCCUCAACAGCCGCAGCAACAGCAACAUAUUGCACCGCCUCCGACGACUGCCGGCCCAUCUACAGCGCCUCCGAUUCACUCCCCCCCAUCAGGUAUGGCACUGGAUGAGACCGCCGAGGGCCGCAAAGCCAAGCGCGAGCUGUCGCAAUCUAAGCGCGCCGCACAAAACCGAGCUGCCCAGAGGGCUUUCCGCCAGCGCAAGGAGGGGUACAUCAAGAAGCUCGAGCAGCAAGUCCGAGACUAUAUGGAGAUGGAGCAGCAGUACAAGGCGACGCAGUCGGAGAAUUACGCCUUGCGCGAGUACGUGAUCCACCUUCAGUCACGCUUGCUUGAUGUCCAGGGCGAAGUUCCUCAGCCUCCCCCCAACGUCAACCUUCAGCACCCGCCCAUGCCGCCUCCUGCCGCGGUUCCUACAAGUGGUCCAGAGGUUGCGCCCAGCAAUGGGGGCGCCGGUCCUCUGGAAGCUGUUGCGCAAGCAGUGGCGGGGCUGCAGGCUCAGGAGCAGCUUGCAGAGAGACAGCAGUUCACAAGCAAAGGCUUCCAGGCCGAGCAGGUGAAGGACGAAGCGCGGCGGGAGAGCGAGGAGAUUGAUCCCCAGCUGCCUGACGGCCUCCCAGCCCCAACUGCCUCCAUGUGA